AUGACGAAGCAUCAGUCUAAUAUAGAACCAUCACACACAAUUAAAUCUAGUGAACAAUGUCUAAAAUCACCUGAUGAAUGUGACGGUGAAAAAAGAAAUAAGAAACGUUUAAUAAAAGAUUCAUUGAAUAAUGAAACUAAAAUAAAACAUUAUACAUUUGAUUCGGACAAUGAUGAUGGCGACAAUCAACCGAAACCAUUUGUCAAAAAGCAAAUUCAACUAGUUGAUAAUCAAGAAGAAGUGCGCGUUGAAGAAAAUUUUAAUGAUAAAAAAAAUUCGAAAAAAAGAAAAAAAUCACAAGAUCGACAAGCACACUUAACAACAACCAAUGAUCCAAAAGCUCAAAUAUCAGAACAAGUUUUUGAUAAUCAGCAGAAAACUAUCAACGAUGAUGAAGUUGAGCCAACAAUUGAUAGUAAUAAUGAUAUUUCAUUUGAAGAAGAAAAAAAGAAAUCGCUUGCAAUACUUGAUCAAAUAACAAAUGCAAAAUCGUUGGUAGCGAAACCUAAUACUUCACAAGAGAUUCAACCUAAAUCAAUACUAAAACAAACUAAAGAAACACCUGCCGUCGCUUCAAUCCGAACAUAUGAUUUCGAUGAGUCAAAAUUAAAAACAUUGUUUAAUAAAGCAUCAAAUGUAACAAAUACAUCAAAUGGAAAUGGAGGAUUUCAAUUUCAAUUUUUUAAUAAUACUCAACCAAUUGUUUUACCUACUCCAAGAAUAUCUGUAUUGUCUAAACCUAUACCAAAUGGAAAUUUGAAAAUAUCGAUAAAUAAAUUCGAUAACACAUUAAACGAUGAAGAUGACAAUGUACAAUCAUCUUUAACAGGAGAAGUUGAAGAUAAAAAUGCAACAUUCUUCUUUUUUGAUAUUGAUGAUCGACUAAAAGAUGGUUUAGAAAGUUUCGUACGUACUGAAGAUCUAAAUGAGCUCGCACGAUCAUGGCCAACAAAACGAAAAGAAAUAGGCGAAGCUCUCCGAACAAAACAUCGUAAAGCUAUUCAACGUAAAGAUAAACACCGAGUAUUUAAUCAUCGUCGUCGACAAAAUCAACAUAUAACAUCAAAUCAUAGUUCGAAAUCGAAUAUUGACUAA